AUUGGAUUGGCUUCCAUCUUCAACUUUCUUUCUUCACCUUCACACCGACCGAAUCCGACAAAAUGUCUCGACCGGGGCCACCGUCGGGUCGGAGCCUGACCUUAACAGAGGAAUUGGAGAGACUCGAGCAGUCAAUUACUCUUACACUGCAGGAGAUCGAUCAUAACUUCAGCAAGGCACACCGUAUCGUUACCACGAGCAUUCUACCCCUAGUAGAGCAAUAUGGCGAACACUCCAAAAAUGUAUGGGAUGCUUCUAAGUUCUGGAAGCAAUUCUUCGAGGCAUCUGCCAACGUGUCGCUCUCAGGUUACGAAGAACUAGCAGGCGACGAGACAACAACAGCCGAAGAAACAACCCUAGACGAAACAACAGAAGACUACAACAACACCACCGUCGACCCGGAUGUAACCGCCGAGCAACCAAGCUACGCCGACCACCACGACCAACGAAACAUACCAGACGACUCCCUCCUCGACGACGCCGAAAUGACAGGAAGCACGCCUCGCCCACCUACCACGAAAUCCCUCCCGCACGCUACCCUCGCCAAGAAAUCGAAAUCGCAAUUCGCUAGUUUCGAAUCGCCGUACGAGAAACUACGUCGGGAACUCAAAGGCGACAACACGAUCUUCAAAGACAACCUCCUACAACCCGACGACGACGACGAAGACGAUACCAUGGAACUCCCCGCGCAAUCCACGCGCCGCAUCUCCCAAGCGCGGUUACCCGAUAUGUCGAUGACACCGCGCUCGUCGUCGUUACUGGAGGAACCGAAUCCGUUCCAGUCGGCGACGCAGGGGGCGAGGAGUAAAGACCCGUUGUUGCAUCGCGUGUUGGAUAAGAAUUAUAGAUUACAGGCUACACCGCAUAAAAUGGCACCACCGCCUUCGCUGCCUAGACCUAGGGGGAGAUCGAGGUCGAGAUCGCCCGCGAAACCGGGGGAGGCGGAGGAGGAUCGGACGAGGCGCGCGCUUUGGGCGGAGAGUCCGACGAGUUCGCCUGAGAUGGCGGUGCCGAAGUUGAGGAGUGAUUUGUACAUGUCCCCCGUGCGACUUGGCGGGUUACGAGGUAGAGCUGGGGCCACAGGGGAGCCGCGAACACCUGGUGUUAGCGUGCAGACCCCCGCGACGGCGAAGAAGACGCGCGAUGUGUUUGCCGAGGCGAGGGAUGUGGGGAUUGGGAAGGGGAAGGGGAAGAAGGAUCCUGAUGAGAUUACGUGGGACAGUGAUGAGGAUGAUGAGUUGGGCGGGUUUAGUCCCCCGAAGACGAUUCAGUUUGCGUUGCCGCCGAGUAAACUUAUGCAGACACCUGCACGAGAGGCGAGCAAACGAAUCGUUGACGAUAUUCUGAUUACGGCCGGCGCCGGGCCGGAGGAUUCUUCUGAGUAUAGUCCUACUAUGGUUAAGAUGAAUCAGGAUAUCUUGGACGAUACGUUCUAGAAGUACAAUGUGGCCUACCUGGGUACCCAGCAGAGCAGGUUAUAUAAAACGUGGCAGAAUAGGCGGCGUGCACAACGUCAGACCAGGAAAAAUGGAUAGUUGUUAUUCUGGUCGUAAGUAGACAAACACAAGAGAUACCCCUAUUUAUACACCCUAUCCGUCCUAGAUUCCACUAUCGUGUGUUGAUGAAAGAAACCAAAAGCCGCCCCAACAUAGG